GGAGCCGGAAAUACGUCAUCUUCCUCUUCCGCCGCUGCCCCGGCGCUCUGAAACACGAGUGCAGACCUUUUUUUUUCUCCUCUUACGGGAGAAGUUUAGUCGUUAACACACCGGGCGGACGCGGUGCAGCUCGCGGACACGCAACAAAAUGAGACCCAUCCUGCUCCAGGGCCACGAGAGGUCCAUCACCCAGAUCAAGUACAACAGAGAGGGAGACCUGCUCUUCUCUGUGGCUAAAGACACGGUGACCAACGUGUGGUACUCUGUCAACGGGGAGCGGCUCGGCACCUACAAUGGACACACGGGGGCCGUGUGGUGCGUCGACUGUGACUGGGACACCAAGAACGUGCUGACCGGAUCGGCAGACAACAGCUGUCGACUGUGGGACUGUCAGACCGGUAAACAGCUGGCUCUGCUCAACACCAACUCCGCCGUCAGAACGUGCGGCUUCGACUUCAGCGGCAACAUCAUCAUGUUCUCCACGGACAAGCAGAUGGGUUACCAGUGCUUCCUGAACUUCUUUGACCUGAGGGAUCCACAGCAGAUUGAAGACAACCAGCCCUACCUGUCGCUGCCGUGCAACGACCACAAGAUAACCAGCGCCGUGUGGGGGCCGCUGGGAGAGUUCGUCAUCGCCGGCCACGAGAACGGAGAGUUCAACCAGUUCAGCGCCAAGUCUGGAGAGAUCAUCAAGAAGGCCAAGGAGCACACCAAGCAGAUCAACGACAUCCAGACGUCGGUGGACCUGACGAUGUUCGUCAGCGCCUCCAAGGACAACUCGGCCAAGCUCUUUGACUCCGCUUCUCUGGAUCACGUCAAGACCUUCAAGACGGAGAGACCCGUCAACUCCGCGGCCAUCUCCCCCACCAUGGAUCACGUGGUGAUGGGAGGUGGACAGGAGGCCAUGGAGGUCACCACGACAUCCACCAGGAUCGGCAAGUUUGAGGCCAGGUUCUUCCACGCCGCCUACGAAGAGGAGUUUGGCAGGGUCAAGGGUCAUUUCGGCCCCAUCAACUGCGUGGCGUUCCACCCCGAUGGCAAGAGUUACAGCAGUGGAGGAGAAGACGGAUACACAAGGAUUCAUUACUUUGACCCACAGUACUUUGACUUUGAACUGGAGGCGUAAACCUCCUCGUCUUCAGCUCCCUUCAUACUCGGUCCAGUCAGGAAGGAGGAGCCUCCUUCCCCCUCGCCUCCUUCCCCCUCGCCUCCUUCCCUUCAUCUGAACCCGCUCUGUCAUCAGUGUAUUCAAUAAAGAGGUCAGAGGAGGUGACGGCAUCUCAGAGACAAGAGUUUUUUUUUUUUUUCUAACAUCUUUUGUGGGAUAAGAAGUGAUUUUUGUACCCUGGACCCGCGGAGCAUCGUGACUGGACUCCAAAACCCACUGGAGUGUAUUUAAUCUGUUUCUACUAAUAAGUAGACUUGGAUUUGAGAUAUUUUCUGUUCCGUCAUUCCACCAUAAAAUUACUGAAUUCAA